AUUAAUUUCAAAUAUGACAACCAGGAAGAAAUUGAUAUGCUCAAGUUCAGCGAAUAUUAUUGUCCUGAUUCAAGAAACUUCUCUGUCCUUGGCAACAUCCUCUCAGAGUCUUUUCCGUAUUUCGACUUCAGCAUUUAAAGGUAACGGAACUAGAGAAACACAUUGGUGAAAUAAUGCAACAAGUCCAGUUACUUGAGACACGAAAUACAAAUAUUGAUGCUAUCCUUUCAUUGAUCGAAAUAAGACUCCAAGUGGUCAAUACUUACUUUGAUUUUGAUGAUUAUAAUAACCCAGUGAAGACAUAUCUUGAUGAUAGAAUUUACCAAGCACAAAGUUGUCAAGCUACAGUAAAAGAUAUAUAAAACUCUCGGAAAAAUGAAGCUGAGGUCCAAGAUGACUACUUAGCAUUUAGACCAGGAGGAAAACAAAGGAAUUCAUUGGCUUUGAAGCAGUUGAUGACAAUCUCUCAAUGGAAGGAUCACAUUUUCCUUACUUACUAAAUGUCAUUUUCACUAAAGACUUAGCCCCAAAAUCAUAAGAACGUUCGGUUUUCACCGUGUUGGAAGCCUUCUUGAGAUAUUCACAAUUGCUGGAGGUCUCAUCGUUGGCCUUUUCUCAGAGAGACUGUUUUUCUAUUCAAUAUUCUCAAAGAUGUAUCUACUCGAAGAAUCAGAGAGGCCAUCUCAAAAUGGAAAUCCUCCAACAAGCAAAGUGAUGAAUGCAAGGAAUAAAGAUUCUUCUGAAUCAAGCAUAAAAGAAAUAGAGGAUCCUCACACGAAAUUAGUGAGAAAAAUUAACUUUGAUAAAAAUUAUAAAGAGGAGCUGAUUGAAAAGGCAAGACAGUCUAUUCAGAGAAGAUUUAAUUACGAAUGGAGAUUUACUUACCUCUUUUACAAUGCCUGUGGAUACUUCAAGUUUAUGUUUCACUGUUAUGUCAAUAAAAAGAACAAUCUUAACAUCAAAAAGAGACUUGAGUAUUACAUCAAAGGACAAGACAAGUAUGCUCAUGAGUUUGAUGCAAUGAGAUUCUGAAAGAACAUGAGGAAUCUCCAAGCACUUGUCAGAUCACUCCUAGAUCAUAGCGAAAAGUACAUAAUCAAACAUCAGAGAUCCAAUGUGCUUACUUUUGAUGAAAGUGAGGAUGACACUGAUGUUCAAGCACACAAUGAUAAGAAAACUCCAAAGUUACUUGCCAAUUUGGUCAAUAAAAUGCUUUACCGCACUAAAAUUGACAAGUUUAUAAAUGAUUAUAUGGAUGAAGAAUGGACAGAGUAAGACUACAAACUUGUAUCAGGAGUAUUAAGCAAGAAAUCGCUUUAAAACAAUGAUGAGUCAAAAACACUCUUGAAGACGUUGCCUCACAGGAAAAAGUAUAGAAUCAAGCUCCAAGCCUCAUAACAUCAAAGCUACAGAAAUCUAAAGACCAUGAUUCUACUACCUUCCACCCUCAUAAGCUAGCUACAGCUUCUAUUCUAAGCUUAACGAAGCCAUCAAGCUCCAAAAUCUCCAAACCAGUUAUUCCUAAACCCAAUCUCUCAUCCCCAUU